AUGGAGCGAUUAGUAGAAUCUGGUAUCACUGCAACCGUGUUAAACAAUGCUGUGGCUGCAUUUAUUGCAACAAUAAUCAAAGAAAUGGGUCCAAGGACACCUAGACUAUGCCACAAUGAUCCAGAAUCAUUUGAUUAUCUUGAAGACUUAAAUAUCUUGUUUCCAAAAGGAAAGUUUAUUCACAUAGUCCAAGAUGGAAGAGCCACUAUUGCUUCAGAAAUAGCAAACAUCAAUUCUAAUUAUACAUCUGAAAAUAUCACAGAAGCAAUUUUAACUUGGGAUGAUGUAACAACACAAAUAUUAGAGGAUUGUGAAAACAUUGGUAGUGAAAAAUGUUUAACUGUACGUUAUGAAUGUUUAGUAUUGAGUCCACUCAGAGAAAUCCAGAAAGUUCUCCAUUUUCUCGAAUUGCCAUGGGAUGAAAAACUACUUAAAUAUGGAACUGACUCCAGUCGAACAGAUCAAUUAAUUCACAACAAUUCUCUAGAUGCAUGGUCGAAAGCAAAUUCACUCCUAUCAGAAGAACACAUCGAAUUCGUGAAUGAGAAUUGUUUGGCACUAAAACAGUUGGGUUAUCUUACAGAUGAAAUGCCACCGAAUUAUGCUACAAUCUGCAACAUCUAA